AUGCGCGAUGACGACGGUGACGAUCGCCACGACGGUCGGGACGCGAGGGACGCGGAAGACGGCCGGAGAGACGACGCGCGAAGAGACGAGGGAAGACAUCAUCGAGACGGUGACGAUCGCGCGCGUCGAGAGCGCCCGGAUGUGAACGAUCUGGUGAGCGUGAAGAUCGAUAACUUGUCGUACGACGCGCGAGAAGAGGAUCUACGAGAGGCGUUCUCGCGGUACGGGGAGAUCGGCGACGUGUACGUUCCACUGGACCGAGAGACGCGGCGACCGCGGGGGUUCUGCUUCGUGCGGUACGCGAGCAAGGCGGACGCGGAGGCGGCGGUGAGCGGGAUGCAUGAGAUAGAUUUUAUGGGGAGGCAAAUUCGGUGCAGUAUAGCGGAGCGCGGGCGACCAGAGAGACCGGCGUACGGAGACAGACGGUACGAAGCGAGACGGCCGUACGACCGAGGCGACGAUUACAGGCGUCGCGACGAUUACAGGCGUCGGGACGACCACCGUCGCGAUGACUACCGUCGGGAUGACUACCGACGGGACGAUUACCGUCGGGACGACUACCGCAGGGAUGACUACCGCCGAGACGAUUACCGGAGGGACGAUUACAGACGCUCUUACAGCGGUCACGACGAUAGACGCGGUUAUGAUUCGCGCCGUGGCUAUGAUAGACACGAUGAUAGACGUAUGGGCCGCGACGAUAGGCGUGGAGAUUACGAUGAUAGACGAUAG